AAUAAUUCCUAUAUAAAAUUUGUAUACCUUGGUACUAAAAGUAAUCACAUUUUUCUUCGAGUUCGGAGGUUUUGGCCGGACGAGACAGCAACACCCACCAGUUGUUGCUUGCGCCUCUCUCAAGUCUCAAGUGAGAGAGAGACAGAGAGAGAGAAAAACAAACACAAACCCAAAAGAAGAUUUUAGAGAGAGUCUCAGAUUUUUCUUUUUGGUUCUAUUUGUCUUUAUCAGUCAAGCCAUGAUGUCUCCAAAUCUCCAGAUUUCAGCUCCUACUGCUUCUCCUUCAGGAGGAUCUCAUCAGUGAAUUCUAUCUGCUAGUUGAGUUUAUUGUUUAAUAUCUUGUGGGAUCUUUCAAAGGAGCUAGAUGGGUUCCAGAUUCCCAUCUCAUCAGCUCAGCAAUGGCCUUUACGUAUCAGGCCGGCCAGAGCAACCAAAGGAAAGGACUCCAACUAUGAGCUCAGUUGCUAUGCCCUAUACUGGUGGAGAUAUCAAGAAGUCGGGAGAACUAGGAAAGAUGUUUGAUAUCCCUAUGGAUGGCUCUAAGUCUAGAAAAUCUGGACCUAUAACUGGUCCUCCUUCAAGGACUGGAUCUUUUGGAGGUGCUGCUUCACAUUCAGGACCAAUCCCUAAUGCUGCAGUUCGUGCUGGCUAUACCACAUCAGGUCCCGUAUCAUCUGGAGGCAUGCCUGGUCCAGCUUCCGUAAAGAAGUCAAAUUCUGGACCGCUAAACAAGCAUGGGGAACCUCUUAAGAAGUCGUCUGGUCCUCAAUCUGGUGGGGUAACACCAACUGGCCGCCAAAACUCUGGACCUCUUCCUCCUGUUCUCCCUGCAACAGGUCUCAUUACAUCUGGACCCAUUUCUUCUGGCCCACUAAAUGCUUCUGGGGCCCCUCGUAAGGUAUCAGGUCCUUUGGAGUCAAUGGGAUCAAUGAAAGCACAAGGUUCCUCCAUUGUUCACAAUCAGGCCAUUACUACUCUUAGCCAAGAUGAUGAGUUUUCAUUUAGGAAGAGCUUCCCAAAGCUAAUAUUAUGGUCUUUGAUUCUACUUUUCGUGAUGGGGUUCAUAGCUGGUGGUUUUAUUCUAGGUGCAGUCCACAAUGCAUAUCUCCUCAUUGUGGUUGUGAUCCUUUUUGGUGCAGUUGCUACACUAUUCACAUGGAAUACUUAUUGGGGAAGACGAGCUAUUAUAGGUUAUAUUGCUAGCUAUUCAGAUUCUGAGCUGAGGACUGCGAAGAAUGGGCAAUUUGUGAAGGUCUCAGGGGUGGUCACUUGUGGCAAUCUGCCCCUUGAGUCGUCCUUUCAAAAGGUUCCUAGAUGUGUGUAUACAUCUACAAGUUUGUACGAGUAUCGAGGAUGGGAUUCAAAAGCUGCCAACCCUACACAUCGUCGCUUUACUUGGGGGCUCAGGUCCAUAGAAGGGCGUGUUGUAGAUUUCUACAUCUCUGAUUUCCAAUCUGGGUUAAGAGCAUUGGUUAAGACUGGCUCUGGAGCAAGGGUGACUCCUUAUGUUGAUGAUUCGAUUGUCAUUGAUGUGAACCCUGAAAAUGAAGAGUUGUCUCCAGAGUUUAUUAGGUGGUUGGGUGAGAGGAACCUUUCAAGUGAUGAUCGCAUGAUGCGGUUGAAAGAAGGGUACAUUAAAGAAGGAAGCACAGUUAGUGUAAUGGGAGUUGUCCAGAGAAAUGACAAUGUGCUGAUGAUCGUUCCUCCCCCUGAGCCGAUCACGACAGGAUGCCAGUGGGCCAAAUGCAUCUUUCCAGCUAGCCUUGAGGGUAUUGUUUUGAGAUGUGAUGAUGCAUCAAAGAAUGAUGUCAUACCAGUUUAGCAGUAAGUUGAAUUGCAGACUUAUUUUAGGUUUUGCUCUUUCGAGAGUAUAUUCUUUCCCUCUAUUAUUAUUAUUGAUGAUGUUGGUGAUGGCGGUAGGAGUGAAGAAGUUGUGUUUGUAACAGAUUAAGAUGGGGGUGGUGGUGUUUAUUCCUUUUAACAUGGUGUAUAGUUUUCCUGGGUUUCCUUUCCCUUUCUAUUUUUCUUUUAGGUUUUGAAAGCUUUUGUAAUGGGGUGGCAUGAUGAAGCAGGGGAUUUACAUGUUUAAUCAGAUUGAGUUAAUGUGAAAUAGAAAGAAAAAAUAAUUGAGUUA